GCAACCACAGUCAAAACUGUACAGGGAAAGACAAAGCAGAGGAUACUCCAUAGCUCAGAAAGAACAGUUGGGGGCCUAUCUACUGUUUUCAUGGGGGCGUUUGGAAGCAAAGUGGUCAAACAGACAUCACUCGAUGGUGUACAACAUCAGGAACAAGUAAAGGUUUAUCAAUACCAGCUGCCGAAGGUAGAACCAGAUGCUGUAAUGGAUGGCAAUGAAAAAUCGGAACAUAUGUGUCCCCGGUUUCCAGAACCUAUUCCUCUUGAGCACCCCAUCCCCUCUCUGAAGGAGGCAUUAGAGAAGGUGGACAUGCUUCUUCGGCACAGUAUUCACUCCACCAGUCUUCCGUCUCUAUCUGCCAUAGUCAUUUUCAAUGACACUGUACUGUGGACUGGAAACUUUGGCAAGAAGAACGGCUCUGACCCCUUCUCUCCCCCACCAAAUGAAUAUACCAUCUACAGGGUCGCCAGUCUCUCAAAGAUUUUCCCUACGCUGAUGCUCUACCGUCUCUGGGAGGAAGGCAAAGUGGGCUCCCUGGAUGACCCUCUGGAAAAAUACGUGGAGAAUUUUACUAUUAAGAACCCCCUGGGGAAAUCCCGAGACUCGGAGCUUAAGUAUAUCACUGAUGGGCUGAUUUUUCUGGACAGUGGUGAAGUGCAGAUCAGAACCUCCUCAGUUACACUACGCAGGAUGGCAAGCCAGCUCUCCGGGUUGCCCAGACGGUUGAGGGCGACAAACCUGCUGUGGAAAGGAAAGACACAGGCUGCUAUCAAUCUCUUGCAAGAUGACGUGUUAGUCGCUGACCCAGGUACCAGAUGCCAUUACAGUAACCUCGCCUUCUCCCUUCUGGCUCAUGUCUUGGCGGAUAAGGUGGUGGGCACAGACUACCAACGCUGGAUCUCUGACAGCAUCCUGGACCGGCUGGGGAUGGAGGACACAGGGUUUGAUAUCACUCCCACCAUUCAAAACCAGAUGGCUGUGGGCUUCUACAGUAAUGGACAGCCAGCACCUCUCUAUGACCUGGGCUGGUACCGUCCCUCUGGGCAGAUGUAUUCCACGGCAGCUGACCUAGCCAAGUUGGCCAUGAUGUUUCUGGGGGCCUAUCACCGCAAGAUCCUGGAGCCUGACACUCUGAAGGUUAUGAUGACGCCCCUCUUUCGCUGUGACAAAGACUACUUCGCCAACUGGACAGGUACUCCCUGGGAGGUGAAUGAGCAGCUUGGCUACGAGGUAUUACGGAAGGAUGGAGAUCUGGAUGGUUACUCAGCUACCUUCUCCUUGGUGCCGCGGCUAAAGAUGGGCUUGGUUUUGCUCAUGGCUGGAAGCAGGCCACAAGAGGAAGACUUGGUAGCUAAGACAUACAGCUAUAUAAUCCCAGCCAUGGAGACAGCUUUCCGAGAAGCCAGACGCAUUCUGGCACCUCCACCCAAUCCUGCCCCUUAUGUUGGUUUCUAUACCUACAGCAACAUCACCUUCUAUGAGAUUAAAACUGGAUCAGAUGGGGUCCUAAUCAUGCAGCAGUUUGGUCCACAUAUAGAGGAUCUGAUCCCUGAACGGUAUAGGACAAUUAAGCUCAACUACCUGGAGGACAGGGUCUUCCAGGUCAUCUUUGAGAAAGAAUACCCCUGUGUCUUACGAGUCAGCACUGCCUCUGUUUCACUGGAAGCUCAAGAUGGGCAGCUCUUUAACUUUUAUCCUUUCGACAAGAAGGGUCAGUCUCCGGGCUUCGAUGCACCAGGACUCAACACAUACAAUGUGGUCCGGAUUCCUCGAAGACCUACAUUCACAUCCUAAAUUCUUCUGAAUAAAAUUUUGAAAAAGUACCGACUUAGUAGCCAAGGAUUGUCAUGAGAUAUGAAUAACAAGAAGUGGUAUAUAUUUCCAUUGGCUCUAAAAGAUUAUGCCGUCUUGAAAGGAAAACUAUAUUUACAGUGACAAAAUAAUAAACUUGUGGAAGACCACAAAAGUGCAAUGUUUAAAAUUCUCAGUUUCAUAUUUUGACAUUUGAUUCCAGUUGCUCACCUAACAAGACAUCUUUGUUUAAUACAGUGCUAAAGACAGGGAAUAAGGAGUUUGAACAAAGGCAUGAUCUUCAGGGGAUACAAAUACUUUUUUACAUAUAAACACCUGGCUAUGGCAGUAUAGUUAGACAUCAUGAGCUAUAUUGUUUUCUACUGGCUCACCUACAGUUUUUGAAAGUAUUGUGUUACUGCUCAUGAAGGUGGAAAAACAGCUUACCUUGCAUGUAGGUUUUGUGUCUUUCAUCUGGGCAGCAGUUACUGGACACGAAUCUCCAACAGUACCAAAAUGUAGGAAUAUUUGCUUCCUAACACCUUCUAGCUAAUGUGCCACUUUCUUACCUCUGAGAGUACAUUAAUAUUGAAUUGAGAGAAUUGUGAGGUACUGUAUGUUUAAUGCCAAUGUGUGACUGCGUCAAGACAACCAACUCAUUUUACAUCCAACCAAAACUAUAAACCUUACAGGCCACUUAGUUUUAUUGCAUUUAUACAAGCAAGUCCUUCAGAUUUUAUUUAUAGAUGUUCUCUUCACCUUCAAAGAGCAGAAUGAAUUCAAAAUAAAUACCACUGUUUAUACAGAGCUCCAUUUGUUAUAAAUAUUAUUUUUUUUCAAGGUGGCUCAAUGUACAUUGAAAGACGCAGGGCUGAGAGCCUCAAAAUUUCUGUUUUCAGAAUUAAAAACUAACACGAAAGGCACAGUCUUUUGUGGGCAAUAACCAGAGCAUGAUCUCAUUCUCAUCUAGAUUGAUGUGAAAUGUAUGUAAUACCAUAUUGAGAAAAUUAGUUGGAACACCGUUGCCAAAGAUGUUAAAAAACAUCUUCUGAGUUCUGAGGUUUUGUAAAAUUCAAAGGUAGUGUCCAUAGGGAUAUAACUUACCCGCAUCCCACACAUACAGUACUGUACUUGCAUGCAAACAACAUACAGACAAAAUACUGUAUAUGGGCUUUCAGCAAUAGCAUAAGCUUUUAGCAUUCUUGUUGAGUGCCUAGACUUGAUAAGAAGCGUUAUUUAUAGUGCUGUGAAAGCAAACUUUUUUCUCUUCUGACUGUUUCACACAGUACAUAUCCCAACCCUCAUUAAAAGUGAGUCGUGCGUCAUGAACACUCUUUAAGAUUCAGUCUUGUGAAUAAGGGGCUGCAAAGUAGGCUUCUGUUUCCACCUCGCAUCAGCUGAGAUAAAAGAAAUGCAGUGCUAUUUUUACACAUGGCGAUUAGGUAGAAAGUUAUCAAAAUAUUAACCUGACAUUAACAAAAAAUGAGAAGGAAAUUAAAUCUCUUGGGGGAAAGGGAGCUGAGAGUGGACAUUAAAUAUUUAGGCAAUUACUACAGUUUUUUAAGUCCUCCACAAUUUAAUAUGCGGCUAAGCUUUUCCUUUUGGCCUUGAUCCCUACACAGGGCUCUUCCUAAUGCCAGUGACACAUAACACGACUUUUCCUAGGAUUUUCAGUAGUAGUCUUCCUUUACAUAAUUGUAAGAAAAUCACAGCGAGUUGUAGAGAUUUGCAGUGCACACCCGUUACUGUCAGUUGUGUAGUGUGACUCAGUCAUAGCGCUCUUUACAGCCCCUACCACUCUCUGGGACUCGCUAUGAGAAAAUCAAACUGGUCGUAGGGGUGGGCUCUUGUGUCUGCGACAGUAAACAUCCAACGAGUGCUCAACCAGAAGUACAAUGCAUACAAUGCAGCUGCAAAGAAAGAAAGAAAGUGAGUGUUUUGGUCUGUGCAAAUGGAGGAGAGGCUCAUCGAACUUUGGAGCCAGCACAGAUGUCUGUUCGAUGUUUCGUGUUUGUCAUUUCAUAUUUGUUGUACUUUCGUGCAGUGCUCCUCCUCUUAUUCCGGUGAGCUCCACAUUGACUGGCUGCCAAAAUGAGGUGACCUCACGGUACUUUCGUGUCAUAACACGAGAUUUGGAACCGUGAUGAAAAGUCGUGAAGGAAUUGUGUAAUUAGUCACCCCCUGCGAUUCCUAGUUGUAUAAUUUGACACCCUCUAGAACAGAAAAGGCAGGAAGAUUCAGCAAUUGCAGUUGUUAAAUUUGAUAAGCUCUCUGACUAGAAGUCGUGUCGAAUCCUGUAGUGUGACAAAGGCUUAACCUAAAAGCACCUGUCUGUAGUCUACAAGGGACACUCUCCAUUUCUGAUGCAAGAAAGGAUUUGCAUUCAAAUCACCUACACGCCUAUGUAAAUAAGCUUCUUGUCUGAGUGCCAACAUCUGUCCUCCUAUCUGCCUGGUAAUUUAGAUAAGAUGGCACUGGAAUUAUUCAUUCAUUUAACAAACUGUCCACAUUUUAUAUCAAACAGCAUGAUUAGCAUUAGCUGUUGAAGUAACCCUUUAGCCAUGGUGAUCUAGUAGUAUAUGCACAAAACUAAGGAAGGUCAGCAAGCUUUAUGCUAUCACAUCCCUGGGAAGUAAAUAAAAAAAUCAGUGUGCAUGUAAAUACUCCCUCUGUGUUAGCAUUACCCUUGGAAACAUUCGACCUUUUAUGGCAAGCAUUUCCAUUUAUUUGAAAGUGGAGUGAUCAGCACAUCAUUUUCCAUUCUGCAAAUUUCCAUUAAUGCUUUUAUACCACAUUUGACAAUUGAGUUGUGAAAUAAAUUUUAAUGGGGCACUUCUGUUCUGUUUCCUGUACAUUUCCCUUCAUUGUUGAAAUAUGCUAUAGGAAGGUUUUCUGGCCAUAAGUAAAAUGAGAUUCAAUUGUAGGUACAGGUCUGUCUAGAACAGAGACCUCAGUCCUAAGUACGAUCGACACUAUUUGGGGAGGAACAUUGAAUUUGGACCAUUUUUUAUUUUAAUCCUGCUUAACGUUAAAGAUACCGUACUAUCCAUAUGUACCAUUUUGAUAACUGGUUAAUGCUUUCCUGUUGAUGUUGCAAAUGACCUGUUUACAUUUGCCCUAAAAUUCCGAUUUGGAAAUAUAUGGAAGGUGCUGAAAGAACUGGAGAAGUUAGGAGUCAUUCAGAUUCAGAAGCAAAGCACUGGUGGAUUCGGAAGCCAGGAACUGAACAUGCACAGCAUGAAGGAGGCUAUGGAACUGCACACAAAUGAAGAAUUGUUUCAGGACCACAGUUCCAUUAGGGGAAACCUCCAGCCUGAAGGAAAUGUCUUUUUAAAGCUCAGACCUUAAAACUCCCUGGAAAAUCAUACUAAUCAUGCACCAUGCUGUUUCUGUAAAUUAUUUCUGUCAGCCAUGGGGGUUUUUACUGGAACUGCCUCAGUGGGUUGUGGCAAGAUUAUAGGAGAGUCAUGGUUGUAACACAGACUAUUUUGUUUCUUAUUAAAAAUACAAAUUGCGGUGAAUUGUAAAUGCAUAAACAGAUCCUUUUUACUGGUGACUUGUGGAUUUAGGAAGAUAGUAAUCUUACAUUCUGUUUUUAUAAACUAUUAUUAUUUUAACCUUGAUCCCAGAUGAAAAAAAAAACAUGAAAAAUAAUGUAA